UGGCGGAAAGUUCGAAGAGAAAAAGUUUGAAGCCUUGGAAAACUGUUGUUAUAAAUGGUAAGAGGAAAUAUAUAUUUGGAGAAAAUCUUGCUAAAGAUCAGUCAAAAGUCCGAGCUCCACAUCGGAUAAGUACCUCGCAAAUGGUUCGUGAAGAUCGGUCUACAUCUUCCACAAAUAUUUCCCUGACGGAGUCGGAGUGUCAUUCAGAUUCUCAACCACAAUUUUCAUGUGAUCAGUACGAUGAAAAUACAACGCCAGAAGUCAUUAUUGAUUGUCAACCUCGUCAUUCAUCGCUGGCGCAAAACACUGAAGCAAAUGUGGAAAUUGCCUAUGCUACUGAGCUUUCUAGGUUAGAGAUGGUAACUGUAGUAACCAAAUGCGCAUUUGUAUUGCCCGACUUUAACGUCGAAAGUAAACGAAUAAAGGAAAUGAACUUCAUUGUGGUACACAGAAGUGUCUGGCUGCUACUACCUACCAAUCAGUAUGAUUGGCUAUACAGCUGUUCAUGCUCACCUAGAAGGAGUCAACUGCUCUCUGGAUUGUCAAAGUUAUUACAGCAGGAACCAUCCCAUCUCCGUAAUUCAGUGUGUAUUCACAUAAAAGCAAUAUGUCACUUACUUCUGGAUUAUGACUCACAACAUGGAAUUACCCCAGAAGAACAAGAAGAAGAAAGUUCAAUGAAUGACCAUACAUAUAAGAGUACCACAAACCUGUUUGGUAUUCAGAUGAAUGACAGUUUAAUUGGAAUUUCAAUGCACGACGCGGCCAGUAUUGGUGUACUUGCGAAGCAACGUGAUGGCUCGGUUAAAUGUAUACCAUGUUCCUCAUCUCAAUGUGAACAUGCUAUGCUUGUAAAGCAAUGGCCGAUGGAUGAUCCUGACAUUCCUGAGCUCCUCGUCGACUUUCUGGAACAGGAUGUUGCUACAGGCUAUUCCGGGAAUAGUUUGAUUUCUCCAGUAUCCUCGAGGAAGAUACCCUUCGAUCUUUUUGGCUGUCAACGUCGCUCUUUCCAAAAUGGACCAGAAUCUGUUCUCCCGGAAGUUAUGGACGAUGAAGGAAAGAUGUUUUUAGCUCUUUUCCCCCCUUUUCCGGCCCUAAAUGAUGAACCAUGUCAGUUAUGUGGGAAUAAUUUUAGAGAUGAAGAUCCGAGAGACAAAGAAUCUUGGUAUAUUAAAUCUGUCAAAUUGUACGGAAAGAGGAAAAUCUUUGACUGUUUAGUUUACAAACAGCCAUGCUCAGGGGAAAAUUGCGUGAAUGAUAUGAAGUUUGAUGGUUAUGCUUACACCGUACUGAACAUGGGGAAUUACCUAAUAUCCUAUGAAGUUCUAAGGGAAUACAUGUUCUUGUUUUUGAAAGGAGGUGUAUCCAUGAAUACGUAUUACCAGUCAUGGGCGUUGUCUCUAGAGUCUUCUUUGAACAUCAAUUUAAACGAUACGCUAAAAUAUAACCAUUGGCGAUCAGCAUGGUAUGCGUUCUUGCAACUUCUGGACAUUGAUUUCACAGAUGGUUUUGAAUGCCCAACGUGCAAAAGUGAUCCCGAAAUUAUCAUAUGUGACGGUACAAGCUUGGCAUAUAGAAAGAACUUAUGUUCAACUCUACACAUCCCAUCCACUACUACAACGGCACAAUCCGGUCAUGGAAGAUAAGUAUUAUCA